UUCACUGCAUCUCCUCUACGCAACCCCUAAACUCACUUCGUGCAAGAGAAAAAAGGAGCGACCAUUUUCAGUUUUCCACAGAGCUACCACGGCAACCAUGGCGGCCACCGUGUCUCCGUGGGCCAAGCCCGGCGCCUGGGCCCUCGCCGCCGAGGAGCAGGAAGCCGAACUCGAACAGCAAGCCAAAGAGGAACAACAGCGCGCCGUUGAGCCGCCCUCCGCUGACUUUCCAUCUCUCUCAGCAGCCGCCGCCACCAAGCCCAAGAAGAAGAAACAGACCACCUCCCUCGCCGUGGAGCAUCCCGUGGGCCUGACCCACGAGGACCGGAUGCUUUUGCCGACCGGUCCGCGCGAGCGAACCGCCGAGGAGCUUGAACGGAAUGGGCUCGGCGGCGGGUUCAAGACUUAUGGGGGCGAUCGGGGAAACAGUAGGUAUUCCAACGGUGACGAGUCGUCGGAUUCGAAGUGGGGUCAGAGGAAGGAAGGUGGGUUUGGGAAGGAAUCGAAUCGAGAUGAACCUUCGAGGGCGGAUGAGGUUGAUGAUUGGGGCGCCGCGAAGAAAUCGAUGUCGGGAAAUUCCUUUGAGAGGAGGGAGAGAGGAGGAGGAGGUAGUUUUUUGGGUGGGUCACAGUCGAAGGCUGAUGAAUCCGACAGCUGGGUGUCGAAUAAGAGCUCCAUGCCGUUGGAGGGACGGAGAGUUGGCGGUGGUGGUGGCGGUGGCGGGUUUGAUCGGGAGAGGAAAGUAGGGUUCCCGUCUAAUGGAGGUGCUGAUUCUGAUAAUUGGGGGAGGAAGAAGGAGGAGACUAAUGGUGGGUCUGGAUUUGAUCGAGAGAGAAAGGUUGGGUACGUGUCCAGUGGCGGUGGUGCGGAUUCUGAUGUGUGGGGGAAGAAGAGGGGGGAGAGUAAUUUUGGUCUUAAUGAGAGUACUGCGAGAACGAGGCUCAAUUUGCAGCCUAGGACUUUGCCUGUGAGCAACGAGACCUCACCAGGGUCGGCCACUGCACCGAAGCCUAAGGGCUCGAACCCAUUUGGUGCAGCAAGGCCGAGGGAGGAGGUGUUGGCGGAGAAAGGGAAGGACUGGAAGGAGAUUGAUGAGCAGCUUGAGUCUGCUAAGAUUAAGGAGGUGGCGGGGCUAGCUAACAGCGAGUCGUUCGGGAGGAGGAGUUUUGGGAUGGGAAGUGGGCGUGCUGGUGAUCGAACUGAGAGAGCUUGGAGGAAGCCUGAUUCACGCCCCCAGAGUGCUGAUAAAAGUGAGACUAAGAGCAACUCUGAGGUACCAGAGGGCGACCAUGUUGAACCAGAGAACGAGCAUGUUGAUGAGAAUUGAAGAGGAGGUUUUACAGGUUUGGUGUAAGCCGUGGGAAAAUAUUUUAGGUUACUCGAGAUGUUGGAUCCAUGAAGCUGUUGAACUUUCAGUUUUUAUAAUUUAUGCUCUCGGAUGUGACUGUUAUACGUUGAACUUGAGACGAUUUUUGUAGGCUUUUUUAAACAGUUAUACUAGUUUUGCUCAUAGGAUUUGUUUGUAUCUUGGAUUUAAGAUUGGGAACUACUGUUACUCUAAUUAUUAUUUUUGACCCUGAAUUCUUGGUUCCCACAUUUGUUGAGCGCUUGUGCGCGGUUGCUGAGUUUGGUUUAAAUUUGUGAUCAAGUAAAUCUAGAUGUUCAUGUGUUGUGCA